UGAAAAUUUGGGUCUUUUUUAGUGGGUUAGGGUUUUGCGAAAAAACCGUGAUCUUGGUGGUCAUUCUUCAACAAUUUGAUCCAUUUUCUUUCUAAAUGGUUGUGUUAAUAUUGGCUAUCAUCAAAACCAGGAUGUCGAAAACUGGAGUUUUGGAUCUGGUCUCUGGUGUUGGAGGAAAGAGAGAGAAAACAGAAGUUAUUUCUACAGUGCAACGGUACCAUGGGUAUCAUGAAGGAGAUGAGGAAUCAAGGAAACUUAGGAAUGCCAAUUAUGCUGACAUGGUAAACAAGUAUUAUGAUCUUGUGACUAGCUUUUAUGAGUAUGGCUGGGGUGAGUCUUUCCAUUUUGCUCCAAGAUUGAAAGGAGAAUCAUUUCGGGAAAGCAUCAAACGAUAUGAGCACUUCAUUGCUCUGCAACUUGGUUUAAAACCAGGAAUGAAGGUAUUGGAUGUGGGGUGUGGAGUUGGUGGGCCGCUACGCGAAAUUGCUAGAUUUAGCUUAACUUCCAUUACUGGAGUGAACAACAAUGAAUAUCAAAUUUCCAGAGGAAUUGAACUCAACCGUAUAGCCGGGUUAGACGAAACGUGCGACUUUGUGAAGGCUGAUUUUAUGAAAAUGCCAUUCCCUGAUGACAAUUUUGAUGCAAUCUAUGCAAUCGAAGCAACCUGCCAUGCAGCUGAUGUAGUUGGAUGCUAUAAAGAGAUAUGUAGGGUGCUAAAGCCAGGCCAAUGUUUUGCUGCAUAUGAAUGGUGUAUGACUGAUUCUUUCGACCCAAACAAUCAAGAACACCAGAAAAUCAAGGUACUCUUCCGUUUAUGUGUUUCUGUGUGUGCACACUCAUGAGAAAUGCCAAAAUGUUUCUGGUUUUGGUAUUGCUCAGAACCAGAAUAUUUGGUCACACCCAAUGCUUCUCUCUUUCAAUCCAACUAUCAAGAACACCAGAGCUAGGGGAUUUUGAUCGAAUUCAAAGACCCUGUGUGUGUGUGUGUGUGUGUGUGUGA